AUGUUGCAGGUGGUGGGGAUGUUGCAGGUGGUGGGGGAUGUUGCAGGUGGUGGGGAUGUUGCAGGUGGUGAGGAUGUUGCAAGAGGUGAGGAUGCUGCAAGAGGUGAGAAUGCUGCAAGAGGUGAGAAUGCUGCAAGAGGUGAGGAUGCUGCAAGUGGUGAGGAUGCUGCAAGAGGUGAGGAUGUUGCAAGAGGUGAGGAUGCUGCAAGAGGUGAGGAUGCUGCAAGUGGUGGGGAUGCUGCAAGUGGUGAGGAUGCAGCAAGAGGUGAGGAUGCUGCAAGAGGUGAGGAUGCUGCAAGUGGUGAGGAUGCUGCAAGUGGUGAGGAUGCAGCAAGAGGUGAGGAUGCUGCAAGAGGUGAGGAUGCUGCAAGUGGUGGGGAUGCUGCAAGUGGUGAGGAUGCUGCAAGUGGUGAGGAUGCUGCAGGUGGUGAGGAUGCUGCAAGAGGUGAGGAUGAUGCAAGUGGUGAGGAUGCUGCAAGUGGUGAGGAUGCUGCAAGAGGUGAGGAUGCUGCAAGAGGUGAGGAUGCUGCAAGUGGUGAGGAUGCUGCAAGAGGUGAGGAUGCUGCAAGUGGUGAGGAUGCUGCAAGAGGUGAGGAUGCUGCAAGAGGUGAGGAUGCUGGUGAGGAUGCUGCAAGUGGUGAGGAUGCUGCAAGUGGUGAGGAUGCUGCAAGUGGUGAGGAUGCUGCAGGUGGUGAGGAUGCUGCAGGUGGUGAGGAUGCUGCAAGUGGUGAGGAUGCUGCAAGAGGUGAGGAUGCUGCAAGUGGUGGGGAUGCUGCAAGUGGUGAGGAUGCUGCAAGUGGUGAGGAUGCUGCAGGUGGUGAGGAUGCUGCAAGAGGUGAGGAUGAUGCAAGUGGUGAGGAUGCUGCAAGAGGUGAGGAUGCUGCAAGUGGUGAGGAUGCUGCAAGAGGUGAGGAUGCUGCAAGAGGUGAGGAUGCUGCAAGUGGUGAGGAUGUUGCAAGAGGUGAGGAUGCUGCAAGAGGUGAGGAUGCUGCAAGAGGUGAGGAUGCUGCAAGAGGUGAGGAUGCUGCAAGUGGUGAGGAUGUUGCAAGAGGUGAGGAUGCUGCAAGAGGUGAGGAUGCUGCAAGAUGUGAGGAUGCUGCAAGAGGUGAGGAUGCUGCAAGUGGUGAGGAUGCUGCAAGUGGUGAGGAUGCUGCAAGUGGUGAGGAUGCUGCAAGUGGUGAGGAUGCUGCAAGUGGUGAGGAUGCUGCAAGUGGUGAGGAUGCAGCAAGUGGUGAGGAUGCUGCAAGUGGUGAGGAUGCUGCAAGUGGUAAGGAUGUUGCCAGUGUUAAGGAUGUUGCCAGUGUUAAGGAUGCUGCAAGUGUUAAGGAUGUUGCCAGUGUUAAGGAUGCUGCAAGUGUUAAGGAUGUUGCCAGUGUUAAGGAUGCUGCAAGUGUUAAGGAUGUUGCCAGUGUUAAGGAUGCUGCAAGUGUUAAGGAUGUUGCCAGUGUUAAGGAUGCUGCAAGUGGUGAGGAUGCUGCAAGUGGUGAAGAUGCAGCAAGUGGUGAGGAUGCAAGUGACGAGGAUGUUGCAAGUCUGACAUGGUUGGGAAGGACACUACCAGUGAGACAUGGUAGGAGAGGCCGCACCAGUGAAGCGACCAAUUAG